UCGAGUUCGUGAUCUCAUGCAGACAAGUUGUCGAUGGUCGCACACAAAUCGUCAAGGAAUAGAGUUCGGGGUUCGUUAGCAAACUUUAAAUAACAUAACGAGGAAAUAAAUUAUUUGAAAUCGUUUUGAAGCAGUUGUAGUUGAAAAAACACUUUGCGGGAACAAUCUGUGGACUAGUACAAAAACAUCCAAACAACCAGUUACAACGUCAUGGAGUCGUUGAAGGAGAGUCUUGAAGAAGAGCAAUCGCAGGUAGCAUCUUGGUAUGCUGGCAAAAAAGUACUUAUAACCGGGGCCACAGGCUUCAUGGGUAAAGUAUUGGUGGAAAAACUUCUUAGAAGCUGCUCUGACUUGGAGGGUCUGUACCUGCUGAUACGGCCGAAAAGAGAUCUCACACCGGCAGAUCGUAAAGACCAAUAUUUGAAAUGUGUGAUUUUUAACAAAGUGGUUGCAACUUACCCUGACAUUGGAAAAAAGAUCCACGUUAUUGGAGGUGAUGUCUUGGAGGAUAAUCUCGGUAUACACUCAAUCGACAGAGAUAAUUUAAUUAGAAAUAUAGAUGUUAUAUUUCAUUGUGCUGCUAAUGUACGCUUUGAUCAACCACUUCGUCCCAUGAUUCAGAUGAAUGUGAUGGGGACACUAAAGGUUCUGGAGUUAGCUUCAAGUAUGGAAAAUCUCAAAGUGUUCGUGCAUGUGUCUACAACCUUUUGUCAGUGCAACGAACCAGUCGUAGAGGAACGAGCUUACCCAGCCCAUUGCAAUCCUUAUGAAGUUAUUAAAAUGCUCGAAAAUAUGACUGAUGACGAAAUAGCGCAGGUUACUCCAAGGUUAUUAAAUGGCUUGCCAAACACAUAUGCCUUCAGCAAGGCGCUGUCAGAAGAUUUAAUUAACCGAUAUGAGCACACAUUUCCAAUAGUUAUUACAAGGCCAUCAAUUGUAACAGCUGCUUGGAGAGAACCCCUUCCCGGAUGGGUUGAAAGUAUCAACGGGCCCACAGGUCUUAUCAUCGGCGGCGCUCGAGGCGUGAUUCGCACCAUGUACUGUAACCCCGAUAAUUCGUCUACCAUUAUUCCUGUGGAUACUGCUAUUAACGGAAUGAUAGUGGCUGGAUAUAAGAAAUGCAUUCAGAAGUCGAUUACCACCGAGUUUGUCAAUUUGUCAGUAGCAAACAAAUCACUGCAAACCUGGGGAGAGUGUAUCGAAACUGGAAAACGCCUAUUUUACAAAACUCCAUUAAGUUUUUCGUUGUGGUAUCCAAACGGUGAUGUUACAAAAAACUAUUUGUACUUCAAAUUUUGUGUUAUUUUCUUUCACUAUCUACCAGCAUAUUUCUUGGAUUCGCUCCUAUUACUACUGCGAAAGAAACCUUUCUUAGUAAAAGUGCAACAUAAGGUAUCCGCUGGUAUUAAAUUAAUGCAGUACUACACCACAAAAGAGUGGGUGUUUGAAACCUACAAAUUUGAAGAGCUUAUGUCAAAUCUGAACAAAACUGAUGCCGACAUUUUUAAUAUGGACACAAAUCAACUGCAGUUCGAGCAAUAUAUACACCACUACAUUAUGGGAAUCAGGAAGUAUAUGUUGGGGGAGAGUGACGAAACAAUUCCACGAGCCCGCCUUUUACUACGGUUCCAAUAUUGCUUGGAUUGCUUCUCUAAGUUACUCAUUGCCGGGAUAGUUGGUUGGAUAUUAUGGGAUUACAUCGAGGGCUUUGUUGAGAGCAGCGAUAUAAUUCUCCAGUCGGUCAUCCGCACAUUUUUUUCGUAUAAAAACAAUACAGUUGGCGGGUCUUAAUAAUACUCCUACAAACACAUUGCUUUACCCCCUAUAACGCUUAUUAUAUAACCAUAUGUAUUAGGAAAUAAAGGAAGUGUUAAUCUUUGUCAUUCAUGUAAA